GUCUUUUGGGAACACACUAUGUUUUUCUCAUUAUCAAAAUUCCAGGUGUCAUCUUUUGAUCAACCUCCACUUUUUACUAACUUUUCUAUUGAGCUAUUUCCUAGUGACUCUAAUGCAAAUACAUUUGAUGAGCUCCAUGAUGCCUCUCCACAUGCUCCACGUGGUUCUAUAGAAGAUGUUCUACUUGCUGGUAAUGUAUUAGACAAUGCUGAGUCUUCUUCCCUUACCUUUUUUGUAUCACAUAUUAGAUCUAACCCUAUUAAUCUUGAGCCUGAAAAUGAGAUCCUUAAUCCACCUUCAAGUCAUCCUACUCGGGUAAGAAAUCCUCCUAGUUAUCUUUGUGCUUAUCAUUGCUUUCCUACUAUUACCUCCUUACAUGAGCCUCAAUCCUACCAAGAGUCCUCUUCUAACCCUCUUUGGCAGCAAGCUAUGCAAGAUGAAUUACAAGCUCUUGACAAAACUCAUACAUGGGAUUUGGUUAAUCUUCCUGCUAACAAGUCUCUAGUAUGUUGUAAAUGGGUGUACAAGAUCAAAACUCGAUCUGAUGGUUCCGUGGAGCGUUACAAGGCUCAUUUGGUUGCUAAAGGAUUUACUCAGGAACAUGGGAUUGAUUAUGAGGAAACUUUUGCACCUGUUGCUCAUCCUACUUCAGUUCGUAGUUUGAUUGUUAUUAUUACUGCAAAAAGAUGGAAAUUGUUUCAGAUGGAUGUGAAAAAUGUCUUUCUAAAUGGUGAUCUUGUAAAUGAGGUUUACAUGAAACCACCUCCUGGACUUAAGCAUCCUCCAAACAAAGUUUGCCAAUUGAAGUGAGGUAUUCAUGAUCUUAAGCAAUUUCUCAGUCAUAAGUUUGAGAUGAAAGAUCUUGGUGUUUUGAACUAUUUCUUGGGAUUUGAGGUCACCUCUUCUGAUGAUGGUUAUCUUCUCUCUCAAACAAAAUAUGCUUCUGAUC